UCCUUGAAAGAAAUAGAAAUAUUUGUAAUUACUUUAAUGUAUGUAUAGAAAUAGAAAGAAAUAGAAAGAAAGAUUUUAGCUUUCACUUACUGAUAACCCCGAGAAAAAAAAAAACGCUUGUUUUGACGUGGGGGGUGGGGGUGGGGGUGACGUGGGGUGGGUUGGGUGGCUACUACUACUGUUAAAUAUUUAUAUGGGUUUGCUGUUUCUGUUGCUGUCAAGUUGCUCCUGCUACUACUGCUGCUUAUUGCAGGCUGCAUAGAAAUACACAGGGCGGUGGUUUACUGCUUUCUCUUGCAGUUAAGACUAGUUUGUUAACAACCCCAUGUUGGAAAAUUGGAAGAAAAUGGAAAUAAAGAGGAAGUGAAAGAUUUUGUAGUAGAAGAAAGAGAGAUUUUUUAUGGGAAGACUAUGAGAAAGGAGCAAACUUGAAUCUUGUUAAGAAACAGCUGGUGUAUUACUAGUUCGUGGUGGAAAAGAAAAGAUUUUUCUUUACUUUUCUGGACAGUCUUUACUUCAACAAAGACAAAAAGGAAGUUUGAGGGUUGGAUUUGAAUCUACUACCAACCCCCAAAAAGAGACUGAAGUUAUGGAUGCAUAUGAAGCAACAAAAAUUGUUUUCCAAAGGAUUCAAAAUUUGGAUCCUGAAAAUGCCCCCAAAAUCAUGGGGAUUCUUCUGAUACAAGACAAUGGUGAGAAAGAAAUGAUCAGAUUAGCUUUUGGUCCAGAAGCUUUACUUCACUCAGUGAUUCUUAAAGCAAGAAAAGAACUUGGUCUUUCUUCAAAUUCACCUUCUACACCUUCAACUCCUUCUUCACCUUCACCUUUUGGUGGUUCAGUGUGUUUCUCAAGGCAGAAUUCUUCUUCUUCAGCCACUUCUGGAAGGAUUCUUGGUGGUCUAAACCUUCCUUCACCUCUUAGCAUAACUAGUAACAACCACUCUUCAACUGUUUCUGCUUCUUGGAGUACUACUCCUAGCUUCUCUGACUUCCAAGAAGCUGAUCUAGUUAGUCCUAGUGCUUCCAUGAAAAAUUCCACCAUGAAUUCUUCUGCUCCACCCUUUUAUUGUAGUAGUGGAGAAGUGGACUUGAUAGAUGAGUUUCAACUACAGGAACAACUUUCCUUCUUGAAUGAUGGGUCACCAACCUUGGGGCCUAAAAAUCCUGAUGUUUAUUACCCACAACAGCAGCAGCAGCAAGAUUUAGCCUCAAGUCCAAGUGGGGAUUCCAUGCUUUUCUCUUCAUACAACUGGGGUGGUGGUGGAGUCAACGGCCUCCCCCAUAGAAGGAGCUGCUCUGUGAGUGAUAUUUGCUUGGGGCCUGAUGACCCAAGUGGCUGGAAACCUUGUCUCUAUUUUGCUAGAGGGUAUUGUAAGAAUGGAAGUAGCUGUAGGUUCCUCCAUGGUGCUGGCCCUGGAGAGGAAGUUGGGUCACCAAGCAAGUUUGAGAUGAUGGAACAUUGCCAAGAACUUCUCAGAUCUAAGUCUGCUCAGCAGCAAAGACUAGCAGCAGCCACAGCUUCUCAACUCAUGGCUUCUUCUAACUUCCCUCUCUCUCCUAUGGCUGCUAACAAAUGCAUCAACUUUCUUCAGCAGCAACAGUUGCAGUCUGCUGAGAGUAGUCCCAGAGCAGCUGCAGCAUUGAUGAUGGGUGAUGACAUGCAUAAGUUGAGCAGAAAUCGCUUUGAAAGAGGGGAUUUUGGAAUGAAUGGUGGAGCUGGGAUAGCAAAUCCAGGUUCAAGGCAAAUUUACUUGACAUUUCCAGCUGACAGUACUUUCAAAGAAGAGGAUGUAUCAAAUUAUUUCAGCACUUAUGGGCCUGUUCAAGAUGUGAGGAUUCCAUACCAGCAAAAGCGGAUGUUUGGUUUUGUUACAUUUGUUUACCCAGAGACUGUGAAGACCAUUCUUGCCAAAGGAAACCCUCAUUUUGUAUGUGAUGCUAGGGUGCUUGUCAAGCCAUACAAAGAGAAAGGCAAAGUUCCAGAGAAGUUUAGGAAGCAACACCAACAGCAGAUGGAGAGAGGAGAAUUCACUGGAUGUGGUAGUCCUACUGGUCUAGAGUCGAAUGAUCCUUUUGAUCUUCAGCUUGGUGCAAGAAUGUUUUACAAUAGUCAAGAUGCGAUGUGGAGGAGAAAAUUGGAAGAACAAGCUGAUCUGCAACAGGCGAUUGAGCUCCAAAGCAGGAGAUUGAUGAAUUUACAGCUUCUUGAUGUCAAGAGGAGCACUCAUCACCGUGCCCUUUCCCUGGGUGCGGUUAUCCCAUCCCCACCUCACUCUCCAGGCUUCUUCAAUCAAAAUAUGGUUCGUUCAACCGACUUCAGCAGCCGAGAAGAGAAUGGUUUUGCACCAAAAAUGACCAAUUUUGCUGCUGUUUCCGCGGAGCAAACAAACGGAAAUCUCACAGCUAAAGAUGAAAAUAGCAAUGGCAAAGAAAGUUCCAAGGAGGAGGCAAAUGAUUUUCAAGAAAACUUGGAGCAUAAUCUACCAGAUAGUCCAUUUGCAUCGCCUAAAGCAGCUGGAGACUUCAUCACAACUUUCUCAAAUGAUGAUGCUGCUGGAGAAGCUGACAAAGGUGCUGGAUUAAAUGCAUCACCUUCUUCCUCCUUGCUUCCUGCUACUAGUACACUAGACAUCACUCCUUUCAAAUCAUGUUACUUCCAAGUGCCUAGGUUCUCCUCAGGACAUGGCACCAUUGGAAUGUAGGCCUGGACAGCUUGUUAUGUUACGUAGUUUAGCUUCCUUAGUUUAGGAAGGAAAGAAAGAUGACGAAUGUAACCCCAAAAGAAAAAAAUACUAUCAAGAAGCAGCCAGCAUCAGCCAGCAAACACAUACACUACUUACUGCUACUACAAUACAAAUAUGCAUACUACAUAAAAAAGAAGAAUGAUGUGUGACAGCCAUUUCCAUCUCACUUUUGUAAAAUGUUUUUUCAGUAUCUUUUUCCAUAUCUGUUGUAGUUGAGGCUGGACCACAGGUCAAAGAAAAAGGAAAAUUAGCCAUAGGUAAAAAAGAAAAAUCCAAAGCAUCAACCUUUUGGAAUGUAAUUUCCUUCCUCCUUUCCCUAAGCAUUCUUGGGUGUCCACUUGUGUACUGAGACAACCCAAAGAUUAGUGUUUUUUUUGUUUUUGUUUUCUGUUUUAUGUUGUAAUCACUUGUAUAGAAGAUGCAGAAAGCAGAAGGCAGAAGGCAGAAGAGUAAUCAAGACUUCAAGUGAAGGUAAAGAGAAGUCAAGAAAAUGAAAUAUAUGUAAUUUCGGAAAAUACUCAUCUGGUAGGCAAAGGGGAAGCUCCUUUGUUGUAACUUUAAUUGUAUGCUUUAGCGUAUAGCUUUAUCAGUAGUAAUAUAUUAGUGGCAGCUGCAUUUAGGUACAAAAAAGAAAUGGUAGUGUCUCUACCAUGUGUUAGCUGUUACCUUUUUUCAUUUUGUUUUUAAUUUUCAACUCUUUGUUGUAAUUGAGAAGCAUUAGAUAGUAUAUCAAUAUCAAUCAAAGAUGUAAACAGACAGAAAAGGAGGAAAAUGGAGGAAGUUUCAUGUUUUAGCUUUAA